GGAAAAGGUAGCAAGAAAACCAAAGAGAUCAAGUCCCAUGAAAGCAAAGAAAACAGCCAAAAAACCUCUUGGGAUCAAAGUAUCAACUCAGACUAAGAUUCAAGGAUGGCAACUAGACAAUAAGAUGGCUGGAGGUAAAUCAGCACAUGGAAAGAUCUUAUCAGUUGAAGAGAAUAAGGACAGAGCCAAAGAGCUUGAGAAUCAAAUCGAGUUGUUAAAAAUCUCGAAUUCUAAAUAAAUCCGCUAAAAUUGAGAAGCUUAAUCAAUCUAUCAGAGAGAAACCAAUAGCUGAUAGCAUUCCGUUCCAGAGAAUUUCAUAUCUGGAACAGAUUAACUCUGAACUCCAAGCUAAGAUAGAUGCCAAGAAACUAGAAAACGCAAAUUUAGGCAAGGUCUUGCUCUCUUUACGGGAAAAAUAUGGUGCACAAAAACUUAGCGAAAGAAAAAAGGAAGAUGAGUUCUUUGUCCAAAUAGAAAGCAUAAUUACUCAAUAUAAGGAAGAAAAUGAGUGGCUUCAAGUUCAAAAUGAAGCUAUUCUUCAAGAGAAAGCUGAACUACAGGAGAAGCUCCAAACGAUGCUGUUGAAAAAGCCAGAUGAAGAAAAGAAAGAGUAA